GUCUGAUUGGCUAAUAGAAACAGCAGAGUACUUCCGGUUGGGCAAAGUGUUGUGUAAGCGAAGUUAAGGCGACAUGGGUGAAGUGGAGUUGGAUUAUACGAUUGUUUUCCCGGAGCCGGUCCCACGAAACGGAUGUCACUGGAACCAGGAGCAGGAGCCGGUGGUCAUUCUUCUUGGGUGGGGAGGAUGUAAAGACCAGUAUCUAGCUAAAUAUAGCUCUAUCUACCAUAAUGAGGGGUGUAUUGUCAUUCGGUACACUGCAGCCUGGAAAACGGUUUUCAUCACAGAGUCCUUUGGCGUCAGCUCUCUCCGUAGUGAAGCAAAGAAGCUCCUUGAGUUGUUGUUUGACUAUGAAAUUGAGAAGAGCCCAGUAAUCUUCCACGUUUUUAGUAAUGGCGGCUUUAUGCUGUACAGAUAUAUUGUAGAGCUACUACAUACGCAUAGUCGUCUUUGCAAGCUGCAUGUUGUUGGUGCAGUAUUUGAUAGUGCUCCUGGGAAUCGAAAUAUCUGUGGAUCUCUGCGAGCUCUGGAUGUUAUCCUUAAGUCUUCUAUCAAUAGUGUGUUGCGCUACUUGGCUUUGGCAGCUUUUGCUAUACUUGUAGUUAUUCUGCGUAUUCUUUUGUAUCCACUCACAAAAUUAUUUCAUGAAAAUCACUAUGAUGCAAUGCUAAAAGAUCCAUCUUGUUGGCCUCAUUUUUAUCUGUAUUCUCGCUCAGACUCAAUCAUAUCAUUUCAUGAUGUGGAAGAAAUGAUCACCACACGUAAACAGCGUGGUCUUCCCACAGAGUCUUUGGAUUUUGCUAAGUCUGAACAUGUCUGCCAUUACCGCAUAUACCCACAGAGGUAUACUGAAGUCUGUAUCUCAUUCUUGAAAGACUGUGCCAGGAAAGAAAUGGAAGGACCCAUCUAGCAAGAGGUCCUUGUAACUUUUUUUGAAAAGAAAACAUAUUUGUAUGUCCUUUUUCACGUAUUUCAAGUAUUCAAGUACUUUUCAAGUAUUUUUUUUAACACAUUUUAACUAUAAAUUGAUCACUUAAGUAAAAUCAAACAUUAAAUCAGUAUCAGAUUCAUAGAAUAAGGUGUUGUUUAAAUGCUUACUGAAGCCCUAGAUUUGUAAUAGGUUUGAUCUGUUUAACGUGUAGUGGUAAGAUAUUACUUAAAAAUCAUCUAGGGUCAAGUUAAUCUAACGGAGAACACAGCAGUACAUGAUGUAGCACAGUAAUAAACAUUUUUGAAGAGAAAAUAUAGAAUUUUUGUCCCCGUUUUAAUCCAUCAGUAUUUCCCUGUGAAAUUCUCUUGAUGACUUUUUGCAGAGUUUUUAGAUUCUAAGCCAUUUCAGUAUAAAAACUAUUCAAUAACCUGCUUAUUGCUAGCUUUUCAAAAACAUUUGAAGUAUCAUCACUUAUAAUUUGCAUGCGGACCCUCUUAAAGAGGUAUUUCAGUCCAUAAAUUAACCGGCAGGGUUUUGGACUUUUCUAAAUCAUGAGUUUCCAAGUGAAUAAAAUUUUUAUGUCUCUGUUUUGGGAGGCUUAUCUUGGCUGCUUAUCUUAUUUAACGGUUAAAAGCUUUUGCAUAUGCUCCGUUUUAUACGUUAGUGCUAUUAACAAAAUAAAUCUUAUGCAAAUAAUACA